CUCCAGUGAAUGGACGGAAGAUGAAGAUUCGUUCAAAGCUCAAAGACUGAUACUGGAUCAUUAAACACUCAACUUCAUUUGCAUUCAUCUCUAUUACAGACAAAGUCAUACGCACAGUUCAAAUGACUCGCGUAUUUGUGUACGGCACGUUGAAGACGGGCCAGCCCAACUACUACAGGAUGCUGGAUGCCACCAACGGGACCGCAAAGUUCCUCGCCAGAGCUCGAACCGUGGACAAAUAUCCCCUUGUGAUCGCUACAAAAAACAAUGUCCCCUUCUUGCUGAACGUCCCUGGGGAGGGUCAUCGUGUCCAAGGUGAAAUCUAUGAAGUGGAUGAUAAGAUGCUCAAGUUCUUGGACUGGUUUGAAAGUUGCCCCAAAAUGUACCAGCGUACCCCAGUCAAGCUUGAGGUGAACGAGUGGGUCGGUAGAGAUGAAAAUACUCCGAAGGUUGGAAGUCUUGUCGAGGCGUUUGUGUACAGCACAACAACAUACCAACCCGAAUGGCUUCGAAACCCAACAUAUGAGAGCUACGACUCGUAUGGUGACCACGGGCUCAAAUAUGUAUGUCGUGAAGACAGAUGCCCAGAUUAAGAAGUGUUGUGAUAUCAUUAAAAUUAAAUAUAAAAUUUGAGAGUAUUUAGCACAUAAAAUUAUUCAAACCAAAUUAUUGUGCAUUACAAGCUAUACAUUUAAAUGUGUCUUCCCUGCCCUACUGAAAAAUCCAGCUAAAACCAGCAUAAGCUGGUGAGCUGGUCUCCCUGCUUGGGUAUUGCUGGUCUAGCGGUAUUUUGGUCACUUUUUAAGAUGGUCUAUCUGAUCAACCAGCUGACCCACCAGCUUGACCAGCUUUGCCAGGCUGGAAGGACCAGCUUUAUCCAGCUACUGCCACCUUAAACCAGCUACCAGCUUAUGCUGGUCUUAGCUGGAUUUUUCAGUAGGGUGGGUUCAAACCCAAAACAUUUUGCCCUGAUGCUUUCAAUGAGCUAUACAGAAGCACAGAAAUGACUUUGCAUAUACCAUUCCCAGACAGAUGACGACUCCAUAUCGGAUCCGCACCAGAGCUGCUGACUUCGGCACAGAUCCGGCCCGGCCCACUCUCUAGGUGGUUUUUACUGUAAAGUAUACCAUAGUAAUAUAGUACUGUAUGUAAAUGUUUAAGAAAAUAUAUUCUGAUUUUCUAUGUUGACUGUUUUUAAUGAUCAAUGUUGAUUAACUUGGUUUUUACUUUGUAAGAAAAUACUUGACAAAACCUGACACACGUACUGUAAUGCAAUAUACUGUGUAGUGUAUACAUUCCAAUAUCUGUUGAUAUGACAACUAAUAUUUGAAUAAAAUAAAUUUGAAUGGC